AAAAAUGCUUUGAUAUCAACCUUUGGCAUAUACAUGACUGCUCACAUUUCCAGUAAUCAAUUCCGUUUUUACACCAGAAACUGGAUGUAAUCUUAGCUCUUGAAGACAUCAAUAUAUUGAUGGAUUUGUUUAAUGAAUGAUAUUGGAGGGUGAUUGUUUACAUUUACCUUGAAAACAUUUAGUGGGAACUUAAAGAUACGGAAAACGAUUUAUUUUUAAUACAAAAACACUGCUAAAUAAUUUUCUUCCGCUCGUGAUGUACAAAACUGCAUUCUAAGAAGCACCGUUGAAUUAUUGAUUGUGAUUACAUGGAUUACCAGGCAUAAUAAAUUAAUGCAAGGAAACUAACAUGUUUAUCGGCAAAGGUGAAACAGAAAAUAGGAAAUUAUCGUGAGAACUGAAAUCGAUUUUGUAAGGAAGGAUAACCAUUGGAUGGACGCUGUAUUUUCAAGCUGAAAGAAAAUGGUCAGGAAGUGGCGGCUAAAUUGAGGGUGGCUACGGGAAAGGCAGCGAUUUAAAAAGGGAUGGCAGUGCGUUCAGGGAGACAUAGUUGAUGUGGCGAGUAUGGACCGCCGGGACAAAGAUUCAGAAAUUCAGAGCCUUAUUCGAGUGGAACGGUUGGUUAAAAUAUUGAAAACUUCUCGGCUACAGCUUGGGACAUUCCGGAGGAUCUCUGACGACUUCCGGCGAGGACCGCGUGCCGGAAAUAGGGAAGCGGUAGAGCGCCCGGGCUCCGCUCGGGUGUUAGUCACUGUUAUUAGGCGGAUGUAUCGGAACCUAUUCCGUGACCGUGCAGACUAUAUGCUACGGUUCUUCUUCCUCCCGGCUUUCUGUAUAAUGAUUAUCGCAUCCAUGGGCCGCAUUGGUACGGAGCCGAGCAGCGUUCAGAACCGGAUGGGGAUGCUGUAUUUGACAUGCGCGUUCGCCCCGUAUGUGUCCAUACUCAACGCUUCAGCCUUAUUUCCAAGCAUCCGAGACCAGUAUUUCCGGGAGCGACGAGACGGGUUGUAUGGCGCCCUGACCCUCCUGUUGGCUUAUACCGUCCAUGUAUUACCGUGCCAUGUCGUGUCUUCCGUCCUCUUCAGUGCCAUAGUUUACUGGAGCACGGGGCUUCAUCCAGGCCAACUCCAGUUCAUCCGGUUUACCGCCGUGGUGUUCCUAAACUGUCUCUGGUCGGAGCUGCACACUGCAGCCUUCCAUGGCAUCUUCCUGUCCGCCAACUUGGCCCAGGCCGUCACUGGACUCUGUCUUUCAAGCUACUCUUUGGUGGCCACUGGAUUUUUAAAGGACUUGAACUCCCUUAUGAAACCCUUGCAGUGGGUCAGCAAAGGUCUUAUCCAAAAAUACUCCGCCGAACUUCUGGCUGCUAACGAGUUCCAUGGUCUGCGGUUCGACUGCCCUGAGAUUCAACUUUCUAACGUUACUUCUAACUUAAACGUCACGUAUAAUGGAGCUUAUUUCUAAGUUAGUGCUACAGCCAUGCAUGGAAAGCGGUGACAUUUUUCUUGACAAGAAAUUCCCAGGUAGUGCUGACGUCAUCACAAGAAACUUUUAUGUCGUUAUCGCUUUUUGUGUAGGUACUUUCUUUGCAGCUGUUGUGUGCUUGGAAAUCAGGGGAAACAGAAACUUGCAUUAGUUUUGUGUUCAUGAGUUAAAUGCAUCAUGAAUGUGUUUAUGAUUUGUUCCAUCUAUUCAUUCAUUUUCUAUUUAUUUAUGAUGGUGAUAUUUAAUGUGCAACUUAUGGUCAUACAUGAACGUUACUAAAUCCAUUCACUGUUAUGGUCCGUUAUUUAUAUCGAGCAAUCCGAUUAGCUACAUCGCUCUUAAAUCCAAAUAAGAUCAGUAUUGACCCCAGGUCUUAUGUUUCUACUUAUGACAUUGCGUCCAGCUCACAUUGUUUUAAGGGACUGUUGUCAAAGUUCAAGGACAUGUGAUUGGAUGUAUUGUAAAAAAAGGACCACCUAGUACCAUGAAAAUAUUUUUGGAAACAAAUCAAAAUCUCAUGCCGACAUUAUCAUACAUUAUGAUUAUAUGCACAGUAGAGCUAAAUAUUUGAAGAAAAGUAGUGAUCUAAAAAUCAAGUCCAUUGCUGCUUCCCCAGGCAUUCAGAAACGUGCUCAACUUCAUAGUUUUAUUUAUUAUCAUUUUCACAGCAAUUGCAAUUUGUUUCGUUUUCAUUUAAUCGUACAAUAAUAAAUUGUGACAUGCGUGCAGCAUGCGUGUGUGUUUUGUUGUUUUGUUUGCAAUGCAGUUUUUUAUGAAGGUCAUAUAGUAAACAAAUUAAUAACUAAUAAAUAUGUUUAAACAAGUUUUGUCAAAUAGAUGAAUGAGUUAUCUUUAACUAGUAAGUAAAGUUAUAAUUAUUAUAAACCGGCAAUCUUAGAAAAUCAAAUAUUUCGUGAGAAUUUAUUCGAUGUAUUUUGUGUUCAUUUAGUAUGUUCUGCAUCUGAUAUCGUCAUAUGAAAAUGAUAUUUGUCUAAAAUAUAACUUAAUAAAACUUUAUACACAACAUUUAUAGAGAUGUUUUAAUUUUACGAUAUUUUAAUAUUCAUUUUUAUUUUUACAAUUUUACAUUCCUAUUUUCAUUGCAAUCCCAAUUAUAUAGCUAUUCCAGAAUCUCUUUUAUAGUACAGAAACAUCUUUAUUUUAUAUAAAUAAAUAUUACGAACA